AUGCAUGCGGAAAUCAUCAACACCCACGUUCCUGGAAAUUCACUCAAUUCUUGCCGAUGUUGUACUUUAAACUCUGAAACUUUACUAGCUAGGCAAAAAAUACCAUAUCUUGCCCAAUUCACUCAAAAGAAAUCAAAUGGAGAAAAUUGCCUCAACCCUCUCCAAAUAAUGGAGGAAACUAAACAAAACUCUAAAAAACUCUGGACAGAAACAAGGAAAAGUUUGACUCUGGAGAAACUAAGGGUUGAAUCUUCAAAGCUAGCUGUUCAAGAUCAACUCAAUCUAAAAUAA